AAUUAACCGCUCAUAUCGUCAAAAGCGCAUCUUGUGUUGAUUCCCAGUUGUUCCAGGUGUGCUCUGCAAACUGGCCGCGCGUGCAGUAAGUUCUGUAAACUGCGACUCCCAUGGUUCCUUGCGGCACUGUGUCAACAUGGCGCCCGUCUGCCGGACAAAAGGCGAAUCCGUCUGACGGAGGAUUGAAACCCAAUUAGAGACAGAGGAGACAUUUUGGGAAAACUGUCAGCGUCCGUGUGUCCCGAGGCAAGAGAUAUAUGGUCAAACACACGACUGCGGAGGCUCUUGGACUGGAAUAUUAAGGUGAGUCCGGUCCCGCAGCUGCGACUACUGGCGCCUCGCAGCGAUCCCGAUACGUUUCCUUUUCUCCGCGCGGUGAUGACUGAAAACUCCUCAAAAAAAAAAAGAAGAAGAAGAAGGAACUGCGCUGCGGCGUUUCGCCCUGCGGGUUUUCCGUUAACGCCACCUCCGCUGUUGCAAACGGUCUCAACCGGACGGAUGUUCCAGCAGUGCGAGGAGCCUCGUUUCACCAUCGAGCAGAUCGACCUCCUCCAGAGGCUAAGGAGGACGGGCAUCAGGCAGACGGAGGUCCUCCACGCCCUGGACACGCUGGACCACCUGGACCGCCAACAUGGACACAAGCUGACCCAUAAGCCUCCUUACGCGCCUCCCUCCUCUUCCUUGUCUUCCUCCAGCGCCGCCGUCGCCUCUUCCUCCAUGACCUCCACCUCCACCCAGACAAGUUUCCCCAACAACCGACUCUCGCUGUCACCCAACAGCAACAACUUCGACAACGCCUCCCCGCCUCCGCCGAUCCCGGUGGCCUCGCCGGUCGCCAUGGCGGCGGUAGUCCAGAACGGCCUGGCCGCCGUCACCAACGGGAAGCUGUCCCCGCCACGGUUUCCCCUCGCCGUGGUUGGCGGCGGCGUGACGGCGCCGGGCUACGGGUUUGAGACCAGUGAAGAGGACCUAGAUGUUGAUGACAAGGUGGAAGACUUGAUGAGGAGGGACAGUGCUAUGAUCAAAGAGGAGAUCAAGUGCUUCCUGGCGAACAGGCGGAUCUCGCAGGCCGUGGUCGCUCAGGUGACGGGGAUCAGUCAGAGCCGGAUCUCCCACUGGCUCCUGCAGCAGGGAUCGGACCUCAGCGAGCAGAAGAAACGGGCCUUCUUUCGCUGGUACCAGCUGGAGAAGUCCAACCCCGGUGCCACUCUGGCCAUGCGAGCCGCCCCAUUGGCCCCAUUGGCCCUGGAGGACGUCAUGGACUGGCAGCAAGCCCCGCCUCCGCUCGGUUCGCCCCCCGGGGGCUUUCGUCUGCGGCGCGGGAGCAGGUUCACCUGGAGGAAGGAGUGCCUGGCCGUCAUGGAGAGCUACUUCAUUGACAACCAGUACCCAGAUGAAUCGAAGAGAGAGGAGAUCGCCACCGCCUGCAACGCCGUCAUUCAGAAACCAGGAAAGAAGCUGUCUGAUCUGGAGAGGGUUACGUCUCUGAAGGUCUACAACUGGUUUGCCAACCGCCGCAAAGACAUCAAGAGGCGCGCCAACAUUGAAGCAGCCAUCUUGGAGAGCCACGGCAUCGAGGUUCAGAGUCCAGGCGGUCAGUCCAACAGCGACGAGGUGGACGGCAACGACUUCCCUGACCAGGGUUGCGAGGUGUCCUUAUUUGACAAGAGAGCUUCAGCCAAGCAGUUUGGUUUCAGUCGCGCUGACCUGACCUCUCCGACCCAGGUACCCACGCUGCUCCCCAGCUGGUUUUCCGUGCUGAGCAGAGGGGGCUUGUCUGGACAGCGGGGCACAUCUCUGAUUGGCCGCUCCCUGGUGUCAGGGGCGGGCCCCCAGGCGGAAGGUUCCAGAUUGACGGGCGCCUCCUGGUCUCCCCCGUCGCCCUCCCUGCAGGACGAGCCCACCGUACACAGCGCACUGUCCGAGCCCCAGGACCCGAUCGGUUUGGAGAAGGCGGCUGUCAAUCACGGCAGCCACGCCCUGGCCAAUCAGGCGGAAGGGGCGGGGCGCAAUAUCAGGAAUGAGAUCAAGACGGAAACGCUAGAGGACGACUGAAACGGGCCUCUGACGUCGAGUUGUCAUAAGGAUGAAUGAAGCGGGAUCAGAGGUGUGUUAAUAUGCAAGCAGAUUUUAUAGGAAUGUAAUAAGUGGGGGAAAAAAAAGACCAAAAGUCGUGUAAAAUCCAACCCUGAGAUACCUCCCAACCCUACCUCCAACCACCAACCUGCUCCGCUACGCCCGUAUAGGGAUUACUGGUAUAUUAUGAUGAUAACAAUAAGCUUUUACUUCUUAAAGUGCUCCCCAGCAGGUCGUGGAAGGUUAAAAAUGCCCAAAUCAAACCAAAAAAAGGUAAAAUUUAUAAUGACCCAAGUACACGUCCACUUCUUUGUAGAUUUGUUUUGGGCAUUUUAAGCCCUCCGUAGGGACAGGAUGCGUCGUGCAAGCUCCUGGUGAAGCUGCGUUCGUCGCGGCAGGACAACACUGUAACUGACACGGGGCGCACUGUGAUCACAACUGAACAGCCUCAGAUUAUCGCUGAUUCAGUUUCUAAUGUUUGCUGUUGGUUCCUUCUCGUGUGAAGAAGAGCAGAAUAAGCUCUCGGGGCUCUCGGCACGUAGGUGAUAUUUCCAGUGGGCCCACGAUGAUUUGAGAUUUAGAAAACGGAAACAUAGGGAAAUGACCCGACACCCCCCCCCCCUCCUCCUGGUAGAAUAAGCUCAAAGUAUGGAAGCAAAAAGACCUCGUUGUUGAAAAUUUAAAUGUAAAAACUACAUGAACUUCAGAGGUUACAUUGAUCCCAUCUGGGAUUUGUUGCUUAUUUAAACAUUGUUUUGUUCAGCCAUUUUAGUUUAUUUGGUUAUUUUGAUCUGAGAUGUUUUGCACACAACUUUAAAUUGCAAAGAGGAGUUUAAACCACAAACGGGUGGUUAUCUAAAUAAAAUAUUAUACAAAUAAUAUACAUGUAAUAGUAUUUAAAAUAUGAUGUAUUUAGUAGAGAUUUUACAAUUAGGCAUUCAGUUGCUUAAAUCUCAAUCGCAUCUCUGUUUCCACAUGUACACGUUAUACAAAACAAGUUGCUCAAUACACAAAACGUUACACCGAUCUGUUGUUAAUCUGUGGUCAGGCAUAACGAAUGAUUAGUGUAAGAUAAUCUAUAAUCACCACAGGUCACUCAGUUGGGAAGCAUCCAACAGCGGAAGAGCACUGUUUGGAUACAGCAGGUCAAAGUGUAACGUGAAUACAUGCAUGUACUCCACGUGCGUGUGUGUGUUCAGAUACAGUAUGUUAUAUAAACGUGGGGUCGCCCCAUUUCUAUUUACAGUAUAUAGACCUAUCCGCUCCAGAUGAGAGGAAGCAUCCGCGUGAGUCUGUCUCGUCUAUGGAAGGUGAAUGACGCAUUAGCCAAAGUAUUAAGUUGUUAAUUUUGCGUAUUUUCUGAGUGUGUGCGAUGUGUGUUAGACAUGCCAAUCAAAGAUGCAUCAGAUGUGUCAAACUAUUGGCAGGAAAUGCAUUUCCGUGUUUGUGCUCGAUUAUGCCGUGUGUUCUAAACACAUGUGGUCCAGUUUAAAUUGUAUCUUCAUUUCAAACGACACUUUAUCGGAUCGAUAUCAUGGUGCUCAGAGUCCCUGCUGUUUAAACAUUUACCUGAACGGCGUGAAUGAGUGACAGACCGGAGCGAGGAUGAUUCCCUGGAAACAACAAACAAACGAGUCAAUUCCAGAAAUAUUUAUCGCCGUACGGCCGUUGUGGAAGUCGUCUUAACAAGGACUGUGCUUUUAAAUCACUUUGCACAGGCAGUACUUAAUUCACUGGCUCAUCUGGUCACCAGUGGUCACCGCGUGGUAACCGGUCAUCAGGAACCAACUGCGCCGAACCCGGAGGAGAAUGUCUCUUAUCUGCCGACAUUAGUCACGGACCGUGUGAGCUUUGUGUGUUUGUUGCAAGUAGUGUACGGCGUGCAACACAGGAGGGCAACGACUUAUAGCGAGGGGGGAGUUUGUGUGUGUCCGCCCGCCAAACACAGCCAUGUUCCAUAGCAUCACCUUCCGGUUGUCGGAGGUGACGGCGUGCGGGCCUCCUGGUGUCCUGCAGCGUGCAGCAUCCAAACUACUGCAGCAGGAUGCGAGAUUUAGCCGACCAAGCACGUUCUUGUCCGCGGGAUUCUAUUCGUAAGCGUAGAUUUUUAACGUUACCAGAAGUUAACGCUCAGGUUACCCUGAAUAAAUUCCAGACUUUGAGACGUUGAGUGUUUGCAUAAGUGUAGUUCCGUGACUUUUAGGUGACACAUUAACACCUGCCACACGAAAGCAGGCGACCCAGCCAAGCAGAAUAAUGAGUCAGUAAAUCGUUUGAUAACACGUGAUCUGCAGCGUGUGGUUUGAAGGUAAAGUGCCUUAUUUAUUUAGUGUGCAUCGACACAUGAGGGGCUUCCACAACGGCCGUACAUUCAUCACUGUACCAGAACGCGACGCAGGAACCGUGGCCUCACUCAAAGCGGCGCGUCGGUUCGUCACCAGGUGCUUCGCAGGCUCAGCUACUAGUUCAGAGUUUAACAGACUCAACACAAAUACCUCACGUGGCCCCGCUCAGCUAUAAGCUACACCCCGCAGGUUCCUCCACAGCUGCUUCAAUGUGAAUCAAAGCGCAGAGGUCGCCGCAGAGGUCACCGCAGAGACCUCUCGCUGGCUGAUCUUGGGUCAGAAAUGUCGGCGUCCUCUGAAAAGGGAAAUUCCUUCUUGAACUUGAGCCAAUGGAUAUUAAGUUUAAACAUAAAGGGAAGUUCCACUCCAGGGAAAAGGAUAUCAUCCAUGAGCUCAUGCUUCCACCAAGUCCAAGAAAUACUUAAAAUACUUUAUUAUAUACACUUAUUAUAUAGUGGGAAAUGCCAACACAACUCUUCAGUGUUGUUUUUUUUAGAUUGAGCGACAUUGAGGAUUAAAGUUGUCUUUUAUUCGUACGGCAGCACAGCUGUCCCAGGUGUCUUUUGCUUUAAGCGUUUGUAGAACUCCUCAGUUCUUCGGUGAUGUAUCGUUCUGUUUAUUUGAAUUAUGUACACCAAAAUAUUCAACAUACUUCUGAGGGUUAGGGCUUUUAUUUUGAAAUCUGCCGAGCAGAAGCCUUUCUGAGGUGAAUCUUUGGGUUCAUUUAAGACGAUUUGCUGUUUUGAGAUUAUUUCAGGAUUUAAAAGCAUUUCAGUUGCUGUCUUCAUGAUCUCCUGUAAAAUGAAAAAUUAGCUUUUUUGUGCAAUUUGUCAUUUUAAGAGCCAAAACACCUGGAAGGAAAAAGGAAAACAAACUAAUUCAAAUUAUUCCAAAAAGUCGUUAAAAAUGGAAAAAAACCCCUCAAACCUGCGAUCGAGUUUUUUUGAUUGGACUUCAUUUCCUUCACUUUGACACUAAACUGGCUCCGUACUUUUACCUUUACAAAAGUGUUUUGUGAUCAUAAUCAACGUGAAACGCUUCACAAGUCAAAUUGAUCAUGAAACACAGUAAAUGGCCUUUUUCCUUUCUUCCAUAAACACGACUUGCUCUUCCAGUUAGAUUCCGCACUUUGUUUCUGACCUCGCUGAUGGCGACACGUCGGGUCUCUGUUGCUUUUUAACGCAGUUCCAUCAGCUGCCUUCAGCCCUGCGGUGCCUCGCGGUUUGGUUUAGUAAAGGCUCGGCUUCCGUUCGCAGAAAAAGCAGCUGAUGUUUCAGAAGCCUUUUGACAUUGUCUUUCUCCCGCGAGUCCACCUGCCUGCAGCGAGACCGAGCAGUGGAUUGGAUCGGUUCGGCGGCCUGUGGGUGCACGCCGACCCGAUCUGAUCCGAGGUCUGCUGUUGGAACUAAAGGAACGGGCCGAUGGUGGAUCCUUCAGUCAGUUCACACCUCAGGACUGAAUGGAAACAGGAGAUGCCGCGAGACAUUUGCAGUUUCUCCAAUGCUGUUUUUAAUGGAGGUGAAAGAAUUCAUCAUGAAAUGUAUAAUGUACCAGUCGUAAUGUCCUCAUUAAAUCAGCCGAUGGCUGAAUAUAUAUAUAUAUAUAUAUAUACAGACACACACACACACUACUUUAAAAAGAAUGGUUCCAUUUUAUCAGUCAUGUAAAAAAGUGUUUUCCAUUUCAUUUCGGCAAUAAAGUAUUGAAUAAUUCUCCUUUAAGAAUGACAAAUAUCAAACCUCAGCAGGACGUUUGUUGUAUCGCUUUGACUUGAUUUUUAUCCCAUUGUUCUUUUCUAUUUCAAGAUUUAGUGCCUUUUUUGGACAGUAGACUGUUCUGUACUCGCUAUGUAGACGAUCUACAUAAUGCCUUUUGUUACUUUCAUCUGGUGGAUAAACCUGAUUUGUUUUUAAAAAGGUGUUUUUAUUAAUAUUCUAUUUACAAGGGAAUAAACAGUGAUCAGAGUC